UUGAAAUGCCCCUUCUGUAACGCAACUAUUUUACAAGUUAGUUUAGGAAGAUGCAGCAUUUCAUUUCACUCUGUAUUUUGUGGUUCAAUAUAAAAAUAAGAAGAUUUAUUCCAAUUCUCAUCAGGAAACCAAAUGACACAGAAACAACUAUAGGUCAUCGUACGGCCUUAAACAAUGACCAAAGCCCAUACCGAAUAGUUAGCUAUAAAAGGCCCAAAAUGAGGUUGUCUUAUAUAAAAACACAAGGCUCACUUCUUUAGAUGACUCUUUACUUGGUAAUUUGUUCUGUUUAAAAAUCUAUCAACACAAAUAGAAUAAAGAACAGAAACGGGGAAUGUGCCAAAGAAACCACUGCCUGACCAAUGAGUAGAAAACAGUCCAAGGUGCAGCGAGAUUUCUGGAACCCAGAGGCGGGUUACAACUGACCUAUACACAAUAAUGUAUACUAGUUCCGCAAAUGAGAGGCCUCAAUGAACUCCGAGACAUACAAAUGAACAAAAAUUAAAAAAUAAAAACAAGUCUAGAGGUUCCUGACCUUGGAGAGUCACAAAAACACAGCAGGUCUUAAUAUGUUUUGUUUGAUCCCAACCCUCUCAAUAUACCGCAGCCAACAGGAAAUCAAACACAUAGCAAAACGCACAAACUCAGUUUAAAAGAAGUCAUUAUCCGAUGUUUGAAUAGGUAACAUUAGAAACUAAGCAAAAUAACAAUGAUCAAAAUAAAUUUACAAACGACUACUGGCUGUUAUUGACAUGACAGAACAAUACCUAAAAUAAAUUUACAAACGACUACUGGCUGUUAUUGACAUGCCAGCACAAUACCUAAAUCAAACUGUACAGAUAAUGUCUUCAUCCUAUGAAAUCAACCACAAUUCCUCCCGUUAAGGGUUUACAAAAGUUUACUUCAUUUUUUUAUGCUUCCUUCAAGUAACAAAAUUCUGUCUAAAUAAGAUAUAUUUAGUAGGAAACAUUCAAAUCAUGUUACAUGCAUAUCGCUUUCAGUACAUAAGAAGAAAUCUUCCAACAUGCAUUAGUGGUGGUUGAUAAUUUCCCUUUAGUAACAAAAAUGACGAAUUCAUAUAUACAUGUUUAUACAUGCCCAUUACACGUAAAGAAAAUGUAAAGAAAAGAAAUAAAAUGAAAUCACAAGGAGCGAAAAGAAAGAAAAUGAAAUUACAAAAAGAAAAAAAAGAUGAAUGGGCAACAGAAACCAUCAACACAUCCCCUGGGAAGCUACAAAUAUAGCGAUACGGAGCUUUAUUACGGAACAGAACUGCUAUCGACAUGAUCGAUACAGUACAAUGCUAAGCCUUGUUGUGUUUAAUAUCAUACUUUGGUAGCUACGUCACAAAAUAGUUAUAUAUAUAUAUAUAUAUAUGCAUGUACAAAAAAAAUCAAAUGACCCUGUGGAUUAAAAUAUUUGUCCCCUGUUUAAUGAAAUGAUACAAUUUUUGUUUAAACACCGCUUUUAAUAAUAGAUAUUCAAUAAAAUUCCAUCUGAUAUAAAUAGGUUGAGGCAAAUACGGGAUAAUUUAUAUUACAUUGACUUAUUAAAUUCGUAUGGUCGACCGCAACCAUGUAGAUAGAAGUCCUUAUCGAUUUAAAGAGUCGACCAGGAGAUGGGCUGUGCAAGCGAUGAAACGAUGCGGUUAUUAGAUGUAUGUAAAGACCUGGAUAGUCAUGAUAUUGCAUCGUUCAAAUAUUUAUGUCAAGAUGAUAUUGACCUUAAAAGGUUAGAUACAAGCCAUGAAACAACUGACAUAUUCCAGUUACUUUCACACAAGGAGUCUUUGAUAGAAUAUGUGGGCCAUCGCCUGUGUCUAAUGGAUAGACCUUGCUUAGUUAAAGAACUUGGGCUAGAUCUAGAAGCAGUAAAGAGUGCCGUUGGAGAUGUCACCACUAGCACUAUAACACAAUACAGGAAAGCGUUGUUCAACGUUGCACAAGACCUGUCAAUGGAAGAUGUUAUAGCAAUGAUACAGAAAUCAAGAGACUGUUUGAAGAAUUUUUCUCCCGCAGUUCGUCAAAUUGAAAAGAUAGGAAAAAGUGGGAAAGUAUUUGAAUUCCUUAACAUCAUUCAAGAGAAAAAACAUAUUACAUCAAACAACGUUUCAUUUUUGUACCAAUUACUAUACGACAUAAACCGGGGAGAUUUGGUACAUAUUUUGGACUCCAUUAAAGGUUAUGAUUUAAAUGGCUUUUACCCUUUUGACCAAUGCUACCCAGGAAAAUGUAUUAUAAUCAACAAUUGCAAGUUUGAAAAUGACCUUUUAGAGAGGAAAGGUUCCCACCUCGAUGCUGAUGAGCUCUCGAAAACCUUUAGACAGUUAAAUUACAAAAUAGAGAGACACGAAGAUCUCAAAUCUCAUCAGAUACUUGAGGUUACUGACACCUUAUCAAAGCAAGAUCACAGUAGAUACAGUUCUGUGGUAGUAUGUAUUCUAUCCCAUGGAGGCCCCCGUUCGGUUUAUGGUGUUGAUGGAUUCCCAGUGCCAGUAAGAAAUCUUACUGAAAAGUUCACCGGGUCAAAUUGUAAAAGUUUGGCUGGAAAACCAAAGCUGUUCUUUGUGCAAGCUUGUCAAGGGAAAAAGGAGCAAAUUGUUCAACGCAAGGCAGCUCCAAGACCAGCAGCGAAAGCCCGAAAUGAUGUCAUAGCUGUGGAAAUAGACGAAGAUGAUACUGUUGAAGAGGUCAUUCCUGACGAAAGCGAUUUCUUAUUAGCGUUUUCCACAGCGCCAGGGUGUUCAUCAUACAGAGAUCCUAAUAAUGGGUCGUAUUUCAUACAGGCGUUAUGUGAUCAAAUACAAAAAGAUUGUAUAAGGAACCAUUUGCUUGAUAUACUUACAGAUGUCAACAAGAGAGUAAGCAAGUACGAUAUACCCAUUGAAGACGACCAGACAGUCAAAACCGUACCUUCUUAUUAUUCGUCUCUCACACAUAAACUUCAUUUCUUUCCAGUUAAUACACGAUAGAUUGUAUUUUCAGUUUAUAUAUGUACAAAAAGAUGAAAACAACACUUUACAGUACACAUAUCAUGCGUCCGAAGAGCCCUUCUGGAUUUACCUUCACCAGGAACGGUCAAAUUCCAAUAUUUGAACAUCAAGUAUGUAAAAGAAUAUAAACAGUUGAAGAGCCAAAUGACCGAAUGGUAUAUAAAAAUUAAAGCUAAUCCAUCUAAGGUUACCUUUGCCUGAGGGAGUUGGAAUCUUAGUAAAUGACAUUUUGGCACACAUAUUUUUUACAGUCAUUGCAAAAGAAGUAAAUAAAAACAACCGUAAAAUACCAGAACGACAAAUACUAUUUGCAGUGCUAUGAUUGUGUUUUGGGGUUAAAAAGAAGGGGUCGAUAAAAUAACCAUUAUGUUUACCUUAAAAUUGUCAAAAAUAGUAAAAUAAGUCAAACGAAGAAAAUUAUGUAAAUGUCUUUGUGUUUGAUAUCAAUUGAUAAAAUAUAUAGAUAUUAUUAUCAAAGCAUUCAAAAUUUCACUUGAAAAAUUUUACAGUUUCUAAAAAGUUUAAAAAAAUUGUAAGCCCAAACUGUAUAUGACAGACAACGGUCUACCACACUAUAAUCGGUAUCUUACAUUUUGUUUUUACUUAUUAUAGACGGGUUGGCGUUUUGUUAAAAUCUAUUGGACGUUUUUAUACGACCACAAAACAUUUUUUGGGAUCGUAUAAUGGUAUGAUGUCGUCGUCUUCGUCUGCGUCGUCGUCCUAAGACACAUUGGUUUCCGGACAAUAAGUUAAGUUUAAGUGAAUGGAUCUCUAUGAAAUUUUUUAAGAAGGUUCAAUACCACAAAAGGAAGGUUGGGAUUGAUUUUGAGGAUGAUGGUCCCAACUGUUUAGGAAUUAGGGGCCCAAAAGGGCCCAAAAACAAGCAUUUUUCUAGUUUCAGGAUAAUAACUUGUGUAUAAGUAUUUCGAUUGCUCUGAAAUUGUACGACAAUGUUUAAUACCACAAGUAGAAGGUUGGGAUUUGUUUAAGGGGUUUUGGGGCCAACAGUUUUGGAAUUAAGGGCCAAAAAAAGGGCCAAAAACAAGCAUUUUUCUAGUUUCCAGACAAUAACUUGUGUGUAAGUGUAUGGAUCUCACUGACAUUGUACCACAAGGUUCCAUAUCACAAAAGGAAGGCUAGGAUUGAGUUUGGGUUUAAUUGCCCAAAUAUGUAGGAAUUAGGGGCCAAAAAGGGUAAAAAACAAGCAUUUUUCUAGUUUCCAGACAAUAACUUGUGUUUAAGUGUAUGGAUCUCUCUGAAAUUGUACUACAAGGUUCCAUACUACAAAGGAAAGGCUGGGAUCGAAUUUUGGGGUUAUUGCUCCAAGUGGGGUUUUAAAAAGUUGGGGGGGGAUUUUUUUUCCCAAUUUUUUUUAGAGGAUUCAUAUUGUUUUUUUCAAAUUUAGAAUUUUUGAAAAGUUUCAAGAAGAAAUCUUCAAUUGCACAGUAUUGCGCAAUAGAUUUGUAAGAUCUUUGACCACAUUUAUUUUGUGUCAGAAAUCUAUAUUAUGUCAAAAAUUUGAUCACAAUCCAAAUUCAGACAGUAUCAAGCUUGAAUAUUGUGUCCAAAUUUGUACCAACUGUUCAGGGUUCGACCUCUGCGGUCGUAUCAGGCUGCGCUCAGCGAAGCAUUUCAUUAUAUAGAAUAUGAAUACUUUACAAUUUAUGAGUUCAAGAGAUCAAAAUGUUUGAGCUUUUGAAUUUGCCAUUUGAUGAAGGACUUUCCGUUUUGAAUUUUCUCUGGAGUUUUUUUUUUUUUUUUUGUUAUUUUUCUUUUUGCUAACAAUAUGUAAAGAAAAACAAUAUAACUAAAGAUAAAAGGAUAUUAAACAGCAACCCAAGAAAACCUUUCCAUUUUGAAUUUUCCUUGUAGUUUUUUUGUUGUUGUUAUUUUUCUUUUUGCUUACAAUAGGAGAAAAAAAAUAUAGCUAAAGAUAUAAGGAUAUUAAACAGCAACCCAAGAAAACAUCUACAGAUCAAUGUACGGUUUUCAACAAUAGACAUAUGGUUAUACUGGAUCACAAGCUUGUAAUCACCCCUAACAAACUGUAUCUAUGACAUUAAUGAUAUGUGUUGUUUUACAUUUUGAUGUAUUGUCGGGUUCUCUGGUUAAUUUUUCUUUACACAUAUUUUUUUUUUCUAUUUAUGGGUUGUACUAUAUUCUUAAAUGACUAAUUAUUUUUCGUUAAAGAUUAAAUGGCAUCAUUGAACACUUGAUCUCUUAAAAUUCUGGAUACAAUUUAGUUUUUAUCGAUCAUUUUAAAUUAUUAUAGUUUUUUUUUUGCUCAGGAUACAGUUUUAAAAAUGAUGUAAUAUUUCAAUUAUUCACUAGUGUACGUUCAACUUCAUAUUUCCUUAAAUAAUCAUUAUAUAAUAUUAUGUUUUGUUUACACAGAAAAUCCAGAUGAAAGACGGCAGCUUAUUUUUAUUUUUUUUGAAAUGUUUUACCAUAUCUAUCUUCUUGGUGAAUUACAGCGUAUUCUUUCGGUUUUAUUUUUGUUUUUAUGAUUGUGAUAAAUUUGAAUAAUUGUACCAUAGUUAUUUUUGUGAUUAUAUUUUUGAGAUUUAUUCUUCCUCGUGUAUAAUUUUUGAAUAGCUCAUAUUGUUCAUUCAUCAGUCUAUGAUAAGUUCCAAUAAAAUUGAGAAUGGAAAUGGGGAACAUGUCAAAGCGACAACAAUCCUACCAAAGAGAAGAAAACAGCCGAAGGCCACCAAUGGGUCUUCAAUGCAGCGAGAAAAUUCCGCACCCGGAGGUGGUCCUCAGCUGGCCCCUAAAUAAAAUUGUGUGCUAGUUCAGUGAAAAUGGACGUCACACUAAACUCCAAAACAUAUAAAUGAACUAAAAUAAAAAAAAAAACAUACUAGACUACCAAAGGCCAGAGGAACUGACUUGGGACAGGCGCAAAAAUGUGGCGGGGUUAAACAUGUUUAGUGAGAUCUCAACCCUCCCCUAUACCUCUAGCUAAUGUAGAAUAAAGAAACACAUAGCAAUACGCACAGUAAAACUCAGUUUAAAAGAAGUCCGAGUCCGAUGUCAGAAUAAGUAACAAAAGAAA